AUGAUCUCGACAAAUCUCCGAAACGACCUUCGGGAGGACAAGACCAUUCAGGAGACUUAUUCUACAGAGAAAACCGAGAGUCAAGGGAACCAGACCGAGGAAGACAAGGAUCUCAGUGACAAAUUCGAAGAUUGGAUGCAGACCCGCUGGGAGCCUUGGAGUACUGCACACCUAAAGAAGUAUGACAGCAGGAAUUACACUGUGCAAGGUGAGGGUGCCCAAUUUGAGGCUCUUGGAGAUGACACAGAGUCACUAGUGCCUACAUUGGUAGAGCAAGACAAUUCAGAUACAGCUUCUAUGGUACCGACCUUGGUCGAUCAUGACUGGGGUAUUCUUCAGGACCCAGUGUUAGUUAACCUGGAUAAGAAAGAACAAUCAGCGUCUAGCCCUGAAGGAGAAUCAUAUGUGGACGUGCAAGAUAUCAUGGAGGGUUUACUUGACCAAUACCUUCCACUCACAUACAGUAUGUUUCUCACAAGCAGAGAUAGAUGGGGAAAUCAGUCUCAAGUGACCAACGAAAACGUUGGUGAUUGGAUUGAUCUCAUGUCAUCCAUGAUUGACAUGCUCCGACACAUCGAUGACAAGGCAGACGACUUGAAAGAGGUCCCUUAUCCAUUCAAUGAUGCAACAGUGCAGACUAUACUAACACAGACUAGCCAAUGGUUUAGAGCAGUAAUAGAUGCUUCAGCUUCCAAGUCUGCUAUCAUAUCAUCCGAAACCCUCGAUUAUCCCGGAUCACUUUGA